AUGGUGGAAGCCAACCCCAAAGCCGGAGCUUGGGUUCCUAUCACAACUGACGACGGCAGCUUCCAAUUUUUCGCCAGAUUGACCAUUUCCAAUGGCGGAUACACCCUGCAUCUUGCUGAUGUCGCCAGCUUUCAAUUCUGGAUUGAAGACCUGCGCAAGGACCGAGUCACUAUAAGAGCCGAAGAUGACGAUUGCCUCAUCGAUGCCAACGACCCCACACAGCAUGCACUGCUUCUCGACAAGCUGGGUCAGGCUCUGCGAGAGGGCCAGAUCGACAUCCGCAAGACCUCCCGAGGACUACGUAUCAGUGUGUCUAUGAAGAUGGGUGGGGGCACUUUUGAAUGGACCUUCCGUGUGUCUCAGGUAACAGAGACGCGUGAGCUGGUGGACCUUCAACGGACCUUUUUCAGUGGACUUAUCACAGUUAGCCAUUCACUGCUGUCCCAGGUUGAGUUUCUCGAGUCUCAGCUGUCUCUGAAGGACUACCAUAUUGGAGCUAUGCAGAAGCUGUUGGCUGAUACCGAGCCAGGACGAUCUACAGAGUAUAGGCCACGGCGGUUCACUGAGGCAGCAUACAAGACCGACCCUGUGAAGCUAACUGAGAGUUGGAAGGAAGAACGACCAGCAGUAACCGAAAAAGAGGCCAUGCUGUCUUUGGCAAAGGUGGACCCCUCACUGUGGAUGCUACGAGAGACUGAGAAGGAGGUGGAGAUCACAGAAAUUAAAGAAGACACGAGUUUCGCGGAUGACUUUGUGGAUGAUCAGGUGGAAUCAGCCUCGCAACUCCCUACACAAGACAAGUCAGAGACUCCAACCGAGUUUGAAACCAAGGACGAGAUGGCCCAGAUGGGCGUCGACACCCCAGACCUGUGCGAGACUGAAGAUGAGGAAUCUGCUGAGGAAAAAGAGAAUAUUGGAAAAACUGCAGACGUGAGUAAAGAAGAAACUCCUUCAAGUGAACCUCCACAGACCCCGGAGAAACCAAAACCUACACCUGCAAGCACUUUCACCGAGCCUUCAGCAAGCCAAAACGAUAGCCAAGGCUCUCCUAAACGAAGAAUUGGAAGUCUGAUCAAGAACAUCCCGUCUUCGCCUAUCAAGGGAGAGGACCCAGGUGUCGCAUCAAACACUGAAACACUGAAGAGAAAACAGCUGGAACAGACACUACAGAAACAGCGAAGUGCUGUCAAGAAGAAACGGAGAUUUUAG